AAGAGCAUCAGACGAACAGCGGCGAUGGACAACCGGGCGUACCUCUUGGCGAAAGCGGACCCGGGCGGCCGCAGCCCCCGAAAGACCAGCGACUCGAAGACCGAAGUCCAGGGCCCGUCGGUCGACGCCGGCCCCCAGGCCAGCGAUGGGCGGGGCGCUCUGACAGCGGUCAAGCCCGGCGGAGGCAUCUCACGCCGGCCCUCCUUCAGUAGCGUCGGCUUCAAGGAGCGCAGCGAGGUGGACACCCUCCCCGUCGAAGGCCCGGGUCCCAGGGAAGGCGGCGGUCACGGCGUCACCCCAGCCGAGAUGGACACGGCGAUCGCCGAGGAAGGCUUCUCGUCCGCGUAUCCGACCAGGCUCAUGCACCUCAUGCAAAGCGCGAAGAGCCGGCUGUACACCUGGGUGGCGUGCGUCGUGCUCUACCACGCGUUCCUGCUGUUCGCCAUCGCCCGCCACUGGUCCGAGGGUCCCGACAUGUGCCACCCCGUGUGGCUGCUGGCCCUGGCCACGCUCCUGGUGCUCCUGUUCGCGGCCGGCCGCGUGCUGCUGAAGCGCUACGCGACCGCCAUCAGGGCCUGGGCGGACGCGCUGCGAUACCGCGAGAGGAUGCCCAUGGUGUGGCUAACCAUCCUGGUGGUCGGCGUCUGCCUGCUGGUGUUCGACGCGCGCGAGCGCCUCUCCCGGCUGACCUCCCUGGGCGGCAUCGCGGUGCUCCUCGGCGUCGCCUACGCACUCUCCAGCAGCCGGAAAACCAUUCCGUGGCUGGUGCUGGGGCGCGCUCUGGUGCUCCAGUACGUGGCGGCGGCGCUGAUGCUGCGCUGGCCGGCGGGCCGGGUCCUGGUCGUGUGCCUGUCGCAGCACAUCAGGCGCUUCUUCAAGCACGCGUCCGGAGGGAGCGAAUUCCUGUUCGGGUACCUGGCCGCUGGCGCCAACCUGUCCGUGUCCGGACGAGGCGGCGUUCUGCUGCUCGCCAACGGGCGCAACGACACGUCCACGCUCCUGCCCGUACUGGCGUUCAGCGUAAGACGCGCACGGUCGUUUUUCUCGAAGAGCGGAUCGGGAUCCGCAGAAAAAACGCACUGCCCCACCUGGGAGGCUCGGUUGUAAAUUCGCAGAGCGAGGACGGUAGCGCGAAACGUCUAACG